AUGAUGUUUUCAACAUUACUUGUAUGUAUUCUUUCGAUUGUUCAAUUUAAUCAUCAAAUAUUUAUUCAACCAGCUGUUAUUAAUACAAAUGAUAUACAGAAUGAAACAUUUAUUGAAAAUAUAACAAUUCAUGAAGAUACAACAAUUGCUGAAGUAAUAGAUGUUGCCCAUGAAGAAACGGAUAAAUCAAUGUCAUUAUUCGAUGAUGUUGUUGAAUUAAAUAUUGGUGGUCAAAAAAUAACAACAUUACGUUCAACACUUACAGUUAUACCAAAUUCAAAACUGGCUCAAAUGUUUAAUAAAGAUAAUACUAAGAAAAAGAAUUUACCUAUGGAUAAAAGUGGUGCAGUAUUUUUUGAUUAUAAUCCACUGUAUUUUAAUUUUUUACUUGAUCAAUUGAGAGCAAUUAAACGUAUGCCAAACAAACCAGGAUAUCAAAUACAAUUUCAAGCACCAUAUAUGAAUUCACAAAUGAAUUUUACUCAUAUGCUUGUUGAUCUUGGAUUAACACAAAAUUAUUUCUUAUCACCAACGGAAGGUACACAUAUUAAUUUAACUGUAAAUUCUCUUGCUGGUUGGAAAGAAUGUUAUCGUAGUACAUAUAAUAUUCCAUUUGAUUUUUCUCUAAUAAAAAAAUCUUGUAAUGGUAGUCGAUUACUUGUUGGUUGCCGUAAUAUUAAUAAUAAAAACGUCUUGACUCUUGCUGGUAUUGGACAAUAUGAAGAUGUUGUACAUCCAUGUUUACCAAAACAAUGUAAAACAAAUGGUAAAUCAAAAAAGAAAAAUAAGAAAUUAACAUGUUCAUCAAGUUAUCAAUGUAUUACACAAGGUAAACGUGGUGUCGGAUGGUAUAAUGCAAAUAAUCAAACAUGGGGUUUUGUACGUGGAUCUUUAUCGUUUGUAAUUGAUCCAUGUGAUCCAAGUGAUUUAGAUUCUGAUUAUCGACUUUGUUGGACAAAACAAUCAGAUAUUAAAAAAGGUACUGGUGAUCGAUGUGGCAUUACGAUAUAUUAUGUUGGUACACUAUUUGAUUUUACAACAGUUGUUUAUUCAACUUCACUUUCAUGGGAUUUUGCUCAAUUUAAUUUACAAUGUUGUGGAGCUGUUGGUAUAUCUGAUUUUGUACUAGCUAAAAACUGGACUCGAACAAAUUCAUAUCAAACAACUGCUCUACUAUUAGUUCCAUUUACAUGUUGUCCAUUAGCAGUUAACUGUGCAAUAACAGGUGCAGGUGCUUAUACUGUUGGGUGUUAUGAUCGUUUAGUUAGUAUAUUAGUAACAUAUAAAAAUUAUGCUAUGAUUGUUGGUGUCAUAGAAGUACUUGCUUUUGUUUUUUUACUUCUUCUCUUUCGUCGUAAAAAAGAUUAUGAUACUUAG